CUGGGCUCCCUGGGCCCGCGGAGGCCGGGACCGAGGCCUGGGCCGCAUCCCCGCGCCGCCUCUUCCGCCGCCGCCGGCGCGAGCUGUGAGGGUUCGGGAGGCGGCUCGGAGGCGGCAGGAAGGAGACGGAGCCGACCUCGGCCCGCCGGAGACGCGAUCGCUCCGAGCGCGCGCGGCCGCCCGCCUCCCGGGGCGGAGCGAGGAAUGAGUGAGCGCCUGCCCCGGGCUCCGGGACCCAGAGCCGCGGCCCGACUUCCUCCCCCGCCGCGGAGGCGCGGCGCGGGCAGCGGCGGCCUCGCUGGCGGAGCGGACGCCCGGGCUUGUUGAGCCCGCCGCGGCGAGGACGAGGACGAGGAGGAGGAGGAGGAGCCGGGCGGGGGCGGCCGCCGUUCCCUCCCCCGCACUCGGCGGCCGCUGGAGGAGGAAGUUCCGCUCCCUGACUAAGCCUGGUGGUGGCGGCCGGCGGCUCCGAGGCUCAGGUAUUUGGGACGCGGCCGCCUUUCGCGUCUGCCGGUCGGCAGCACCGGAUCCCUGGUGGAGCCCGGAGCCCCCUGGGCGGUGUCGGGAAGCGCGGCGGCCGACGGCUUCUUCCUGCUCCUUCCCCGGGCGCUGCUGCUUGGGCUUCCCGGCGAGGAGGGAGACCGUCCCUGCUUCAGACUUCUAGGGAGACCUUCAUGUUUUCCCACAGAGGCUCAGAUACUGCGGAAUAGAGGCGACGGAGGAGACGAAGUGAGCCUUGUACAACUCCCAUCUCGCCAACCUCCGUUUUGAGCAUCUUAACUGAGGUGCAAGAAUGGAAGAACCCACCUUGUAGCUUUUCUGCAGUGUGGCUUGCCGGCUGUACUCCUAGGAAUGAGCAGGAGACUUACAAUAACCUGACGAAGUACUGAAAGCCAAAUGGUAGGAAGAUGCCACACGACAUAAAUUAGCGAUCGUUAAGGAGGCCACUCGGGUUUUUGCGUGUAAUUGGACGAGAGCGAAAGAGGUGCUCUCUGAAAAAAGCACAACAGUCCUUUGAGAGGAGAAAUACAGAGUUUAGCCACUUUUGCCAAGAUUUUGAAAACCGUUCAGUGUGUUGUACAUUUGAUACAAGAUGAGAACUUUAUGAAGUGUUCUGAGCAAGAGCCUAAACGAUGACUACCCCAGCCCUGCUGCCCCUGUCUGGACGCAGGAUACCGCCUCUGAACCUGGGGCCACCUGCCUUCCCACAUCACAGGGCUACCUUGAGACUGUCUGAGAAGUUCAUCCUUCUCCUUAUUCUUAGUGCCUUCAUCACCCUGUGUUUUGGGGCAUUCUUUUUCCUUCCAGACUCUUCAAAACACAAACGCUUUGAUCUGGGUUUAGAGGAUGUGUUGAUUCCUCAUGUAGAUGCAGGCAAAGGGGCAAAGAACCCUGGCGUCUUCCUGAUCCAUGGACCUGAUGAACACAGACACAGGGAAGAAGAAGAACGUCUACGAAAUAAAAUUCGUGCUGAUCAUGAAAAGGCCCUGGAAGAAGCAAAAGAAAAAUUAAAAAAGUCAAGAGAAGAAAUUCAUGCAGAAAUCCAGACAGAGAAAAAUAAAAUAGUCCAAGAAAUGAAGACAAAAGAGAACAAGCCACUGCCACCGGUUCCUAUUCCAAACCUUGUAGGAAUCAAUGGUGGAGACCCAGAAGAUAUUGAGAUAAGAAAGAAAAGGGACAAAAUUAAAGAGAUGAUGAAACAUGCCUGGGAUAAUUACAGAACAUAUGGAUGGGGGCAUAAUGAACUCAGACCUAUUGCAAGGAAAGGACACUCUACUAACAUAUUUGGAAGUUCACAGAUGGGUGCUACCAUCGUGGAUGCUUUGGAUACCCUUUAUAUCAUGGGACUUCAUGAUGAAUUCCUUGAUGGGCAAAAGUGGAUUGAAGACAACCUUGAUUUUAGUGUGAAUUCAGAGGUGUCUGUGUUUGAAGUUAACAUUCGAUUUAUUGGAGGACUACUUGCAGCAUAUUACCUUUCAGGAGAAGAGAUAUUCAAGAUUAAAGCAGUGCAAUUGGCUGAGAAACUCCUUCCUGCCUUUAAUACACCUACAGGGAUACCCUGGGCAAUGGUGAAUCUAAAAAGUGGAGUAGGUCGAAACUGGGGCUGGGCAUCUGCAGGCAGCAGCAUUCUGGCUGAAUUUGGUACGCUGCAUAUGGAGUUUGUCCACCUCAGCUACCUGACAGGGGACUUGGUUUACUACAAAAAGGUCAUGCAUAUUCGGAAACUACUUCAGAAAAUGGAUCGUCCAAAUGGUCUUUAUCCAAAUUAUUUGAACCCAAGAACUGGGCGCUGGGGUCAAUAUCACACAUCCGUUGGUGGUCUAGGAGACAGUUUUUAUGAAUACUUGCUGAAAGCGUGGUUGAUGUCAGAUAAAACAGACCAUGAGGCAAGAAGAAUGUACGAUGAUGCUAUUGAGGCUAUAGAAAAACAUCUUGUUAAGAAAUCCCGAGGAGGUCUUGUCUUCAUUGGAGAGUGGAAGAAUGGGCACUUGGAAAAGAAGAUGGGGCAUUUGGCAUGUUUUGCUGGGGGAAUGUUUGCCCUAGGAGCGGAUGGUUCCAGAAAGGAUAAAGCUGGUCAUUAUUUAGAGCUAGGGGCAGAGAUUGCACGUACAUGCCAUGAGUCAUACGACAGAACCGCAUUAAAACUGGGUCCUGAAUCAUUCAAGUUUGAUGGUGCAGUGGAAGCCGUAGCUGUCCGGCAGGCUGAAAAGUACUACAUCCUCCGUCCAGAAGUAAUUGAAACCUACUGGUACCUGUGGCGAUUCACUCAUGAUCCAAGAUACAGGCAGUGGGGCUGGGAAGCAGCACUGGCUAUUGAAAAGUAUUGCCGAGUCAGUGGUGGGUUUUCUGGGGUCAAAGAUGUGUAUUCCUCUACUCCUACACAUGAUGAUGUACAGCAAAGCUUCUUUCUUGCUGAAACAUUAAAAUACUUGUAUCUGCUGUUUUCCGGUGAUGAUCUUUUACCUUUAGACCACUGGGUGUUUAACACAGAGGCUCAUCCUCUUCCGGUGUUACAUUUAGCCAACACCACACUUUCAGGUAAUCCUGCUGUUCGAUGAAGCAGCUCUGGAAGGACCAUUCUUACCUGUGUUUUGUUUACAUGGACUACUACAGAAACUAGUAUGGAGAGGAGUCUUUGAAGAACUGGACCUCUAAGUCAAGAUGACAGGGCGAAACUCUUUCUCAUAAGACUUUUCAACAUGUAAAUAUACCAACUUUGAAAUUAUUCCAUUUUAUACCUGACCAAAACAUGUUCUGGUACAUAUAAAACAGAGACCUGAUGUACUUUGAUUCGUAAUGAGAUGGUCACUUGAGAAACAAUGCCCAUUACUUCUGUAUUAUUAGAGCAAGCCAAGAACUAUAGAACACCUUGCAGGAGAUAGAGAUGGCCUUUGGAAUGAAUUAUAUUUUGUGUUUCCUCUCACAGUGGAGCAGCUUUAAAUCAAAUAUUUACACAUCGUUUAUCCCUUUUUUAUCCAUUUUAAUAAUGGAAUAAGCUAAGAUGAACAAGAACAAAAGAACACUGUAACUGUAUCAGUAACAAGAAGACAAAAAAGAAACAGAAGUACCGACCCUGUCUGAAUUUUCAUGUUCCCCAUUGGAUGACUAGACUGGCAGCCAUUGCAGUCCCAAUCUAUUUGAUUAAAAUUUCUUGAUUAAAUUUAAUUCACUGGGGGGCAUGAUCUCAUAAAGAAUAAUCUGGAAGUCUUUCUCUUCAUAUGAUACCAUUGAAACUGCUGUUUAUUGUCACCAAUGCUUAGGACCCUGGGUUUGGGAUUUUGUGCAUGUUGUUCAGUCUGGUGUGGGUAGCAUGACAAAAAGUGGGGGAAAUGGCAUUUUGUUGCCUUGAAACUUGUUCUUUCUUAGUGAAAUCCUUGAUCUUGUUGGUAAGAGAUUAUUUUUCUAAGCCAACAAGUCUACCAAGUAAAUUUUUCCACUUUAAUUUCAUUAAAAAAUUAAGAGUCAUUCACCUUACAACUUUCUGAUGCAGCAAAAUUCACUAUUCUAUUAUGCAACUUUGAAUUUGCAUUGAUAAGCUGAAUUACUUAAACAACUUAUUAAAGCAAAAACGAAACCGUGAAACUUCCUUAAAUAUUUUAUCUGGGUUGGGGACAGGGCUCUUUUAUUUAUCUUAUCCAAUGACUGAGCUUUUCACAAGUUUUUAGUUUAUUUAAGAAUAUUUAUAGAAAUGGAAAGAAUCAGAAUAGCUUCAAAAUAAUUUUCAGUGAUAAUUGUAAUUUAUUACAUAAAAUUGGAAUUUAUCUAAAGGACUUUCACUUAUCCUCAGUAGAUUUUGCAUUGAUACCUAUUUUUUAAAAUAUUACUAUUUAUAAUUUUGGCAGAAAGGACUUAAAUUUUAUCAAGAGCUACAAUGUAAGGUAAAUACUAAUGCUUAUAGGUUUUCUCUUCCUUAAAUUUCUGCAAUAGUGCAAGACACUUUUUUCAUUUCAUACAGACCUUUUCCAUUGGUAUUAAGAAGAGUUGGAAACAAUAUAGUUUAAUAUUUACUCUAAAUUUGAAUGUUUCAUGAAACAAAUUUGUAUAAGAAGCUCACUUUGGAAUAUUAAAGGCUUCUUUCUUGAUUUGGUAAUUUUUCUUUUUAAGCCUCUGUUAGCAUGUAGUAGAUUUAACUUGAGAAAGAAUUUUAACAAAUUAAACUUUUCCUAAGGAUGAUCAUUUUACAGUACCAGUCAUCAUAGAGUUCUCAUAAUUCAUCCAAUGAUCCGUAAAUGUUGCCCACCCCAAAAGUGUUCAUAGAAAACAAAAUAAAGAUGUUAAGCCAGUUGUAUUAAGUCUUAAGAACAUUAAGUUUUAGCACCAAUUUUGAAAUUAUAAGGUCUUUUGCUUGAAAAUUUUAAAUUUUGAGAAAGGUAAACUGUCACUUGAGAAGAAAAAGGAGAAAGUAUUUGGUGUUUAGAAAAAUUUAACCUUCCUUCUAAGAAUAGCACAGUUCCAUUAUGAAUCACUGAAAAGAGAUAAGUGAAAAACUUGAGUUGAAAAAUAACCCAAAGCAGCUGUGCAAAUGGCAACAAAUUCUUUCUCACCUGUUUUAAAAGAAUGCAGAGGAAAGGGACCAUCUAGGCUCCCUAGGAACUCCUCAGCAGAGUCAAAACCCCACCUCUAAGCACUGUGUGUUACUGGGACCUUAACAAAAAAUAGGGACAUGUGAAAAUAGGGCUGCUGUGAUACACAAAAAGAUUUGAGAGGCUGUUUUGUAUGUGACAGUAAGACUAGAGCUUAUCACAAUGCUUCUCUCAAUACCAAAGCAAUGAAAGUCAGAUAUAAAUAACUUGCCGAUGUCCUGUCUUAUUUUUGUUAUAGGUUGUCAAAGUGACUUCCUCCAAGAUCAGUCUUCAUCCAUAUUUUGAGUAGUUUCCAAAAGUAUCUUCUUUUUUCCUGUUCUUCACAGCCAUUUGCAUUUUUAGACCUUACUGCUCAGGUUCAGUAUUCCUUGCAUUUAUUUAUAAGACCUGUGAAAAAGCCCAGAAAUACUCUUUUCUAGGUGACUCCUCAAAGAGCCGGCACCUUAUCUUGUGCCUGUGGCACAGUUACUCAGAGUAAUCAGUUGAUGCAUAAAAGGAAAACUAAGAAUGUUGCACACUCUACCACAUGGUGCAUUUAUUUUAUUUUAGAGUCACAUUUGUUUUGGUUCAAACCAUUUUUUUUUAAAUUCAAGCAGAAUGAAACUCAACCUGUAUGGAGUUGUUAAAACCAAGUAGGCCUAUAACCAAAAAGAAGUUCCAGUGCAGAAAAGUAAGUCCCCAGUCAGGUGGCUCUUACUUUUUGGUAGCUUGUACAUCUUAGUGUCUGUCUAAUAUCAACUUAUUUCUGUCUGUGAGCAGUUGUUUAUAUGGAGAAGUAAAACCUGAUAUUGUAAGAAUGCAUUUUUUUAUAGAAUAUUAAUCUUGAUUUUCUACGAUAACACCUAGGGCAACCCAGGGCUUUACUUGGUAGAUAUUAACCAAGCAGUUUGAAAUUUUGAUUGUUAACCUCUCACGUUGUUAACCUCUCACAUUCUCCAUUCCACGUUGCCAAAGCCUUUGUCACCACUCCAAGUUGGUUGAUACAAGAUUGUGCUUGCCAUUCUUAUUACAGUGUAGUUUCUCCUUAAGCUUGAAUUUCUUUGAAUGAAUGCAUGAGUAAACGAGAGAAUGAGUGAACACACGUUUAUGGAAUACCAAGUAAGUGCCAAGCAUUGUGUCUGGCACCUUCAAUCAUUAGAAUAUUUUAUGUAAUUCAGAUGACAUUUUCUGUAUGAGAGUAAUUCAUACUAUUAUAGAGGUUUUCCAAUGUGAAUCAUAUUACAAAAUCCUUAAUUUUAUAUUUCAUUUAAAUUAAUUGAGGAAAAAGUUUAUAAUAUAUUUUACACAAUGUGUUACUAUAUAAUACAAUUAUAAAUAUAGUUAAUAGCUAAAAUCUCUUGGAAAAAAUCAAAUAUUUGAUUCUAAUGCAACUUUGACUAAAGUAUUUACUUAAGAAAAACAUUCUUAUUUUGGUAUAUCGCUUUAUGUAUAAUUAAAAUCAGUAUUUUAUAGAAAGCCUUGUUAUUUUAUAUUUAAAAAGCUUUUGUCAAUUCACAAGUAAAAUCUGCAGUUAUAAAUUUCUUUGCUCUGGUAUGCUUCCUACUAAUGGUAGUACACAUACUUCUUAAAUAAAGAAAAACACAGUAAGACAUGCCUAAAUUCCAAACCAUAAUCCCUGAUAAUUUCUUUAGCCACAAUUUGGCUAGCUUGUAUCUUGUCCACUCUUUAUGUAGAUAUAUACAUAAAUAUAGUAUACACAGGACUUAUAGUACUGUCAGUUCAUAGACAGUAACUGGUUUUGAGUCACACAGAUUAUAUAAAAAAUAUUUAUUCACGUGUGAUACAGAGAUGUUUUAAUCCACUUAAUUUGGUUCAAGAACAUUGGCGAAGAUAGUUUUCUGUUAUUUUAGAUUAUUUACAUUACAAUGGAGAUACUCUUUUUGAUCUGUAUACACUCAGCAAGCUCUUUGUGUAAAGGACCAGAUAAUAUGUGAGCCAUACAGUUCUAUUGCUGAAGUAUGAAAGCAGCUACAGAUAACGUGUAAAUGAAUGCAUAUAUCUGUGUUCCAAUAAAACUUUAUUUACAAAAACAACUGGAGGGCUGGAGAUGGCCUACAGGUCAUAUUUGCUGACAUGAUUCCACAUUUAAUGUGUGUAAGACUAACCUUUGGUCUGCAUCUUUUCUGUGUGUCUUAUUUUACGUGAAUUAUUGUUAAAGCAGGAAAGUGUAUGUGUUAAAUUGUGUGCAUUUGUUACCUAAAGUUGUGUGUUUUGUUGUGUAGAAAAUAUAUGUAUUUCUGUGGACUCUAGGUUUCAGAAUAAUAUGACUAUCAUGAAAGGAACAGCAUUGAGUGGAUAUGCUAUCAGACAUUAUCUUCAGCUUACUAUUUUAUGCCGUAAGUCUAAAUUUUCCAUGUAGAAAAGGUCUGCCUUCAAAAUACUAUUUUAUCUCCAAAUUCUGACCCUUGGUUUGGGACUCUGGAUUACUAGAGCUGCAGAAAUUUAUCCAGUUUGAUAUCCUUUGAGCUCUGAGGCAAGAAUAUCAUAGAAUUCCUGAUCUUGGUGCUGCUAAAAACAAAUCUUUUGAAAAAUUCUAGGCAACCCAUUAUGUGCUAGGUGCUUCAUUUGCCACUUGGCAGCCAGAAUUAAGACUGUAGAAGUUUACAUCUCCAUUAGCUCUGGCAUAGCUGAUUCUGAGGACUGCAGGAAAAAAAAAGAGAUGUUUGUAAAAAGAAAACUCCCUCUUGCCUAAUUCUCCACAGACCUUUACCAAUUAGUAACAUUGUUUCAAAAUGUAAAUAUGUAUCAUUUUCAAGUUAAAGCUCCCAUCAGACUCAACAUUAUACUUCUACUGUUUAACAACUAAUCUAUUUCAAACUUGAUUUGUGCCCAGCACUUGCAGAGCUCACAUAAUUGCUCACAAAAUUACACAGCAUCAUAUUAGCUAGCAUAUACAUUGCAGUGUACCAUUCUGACAAACAUAGUAAUAGAUUUUUCACUAAGAACUUUAUCAGAUGUUUCACUGUUUCAUGAAAAUUAUAGUGAAAGGGAAGUGAAUGACAGCCAGAGUUAUAUUUUCCACGUUACCGAGGAGCUGCCUUUGUAAGACUGGACCUCUUAAAGGUUGCUUUAGCUCAGUAUGAAUGUAAGUUUUGGUACUCAAAUACAUACACCAAUGUUAUUUGUAUUACAUAACAGGCUUUUAAAGAGUUGCAAAUAUUUUGAAGCUGUUUGAGUGCUGCAGAACUCUGUAAACUGCAUACCAGAAAACUUCCUGAAGAUAAGCUCAGCUCUUUGUUUGGAAAAUAAUAUUUUUAGAAAAUUUAGAGAUUAGUUUUCACUUAAUAAAGCAACUCCAAUUUUAAUUGCUGAAUUGGGAAUUGAAAUGCCGUUCUUUAUUCUCAUUGAUCUUGAAUUCACUGCUAAAAUCUUUCCCUAAAGUACUAAGUGGGGGUAAGUAUAACCACCAAAAUUGGAACUCACUGGCUGCUCCUGAACUGGUUUCCAGUCAUGUCCUCCAUAAUGUGAUUUUUACAGAUCAAAGGUAAUAAUUGUAUAUUAAAGGUCAAAUAAAGAUGUUCUUUAAGUGAAAAA